AUGAAAAACAGAGGCCUGCUGAGGCUGAGCGAUCAAACCACGGGCGGAUUAAACGCAGUUUGUUUUUUCGCCUCCAGAAGCAGCACGGAGAGCCUGAAGGAAGGUGUGAAUCAAAAGCUGAGCAGCCCAGCCCGAAAAGCCCUGGCGGAUCGACAGAAGGACCUGGAGGUGAAGACCCAGCAGCUGGAGAUCAAACUCAGCAACAAGACAGAGGAGGACAUAAAGAAGGCCCGGAGGAAAUCCACACAAGCAGGUCAGAGGUCAAACAGUGGCUCAACACAGGCCGAGAACACCUCAGUUAGUCUGAUCCUCCAAGAAACGACAGAAAACGGAGGUGGCAGGUCUGAGAAACAGCUCGACAUUAUGCUCAAUAAGCCUGUUAACCGCGUCCAGUUUAGAACAAACGGUGACGACCUGAUGCGCUGCGUGGACCUCUACAACCAGACCCAGUCCAAGUGGUUCGAGGAGAUGGUCACAACCAGCAUGGAGCUGGAGAAGCUGGAGGUGGAGCGCAUCGAGUGGAUCCAGCAGCACCUCCGUCAGUACACCACGCUGCGCCACGAAACCGACAUGUUCAACCAGAGCACGGCAGAACCGGUGGACCAGCUGCUGCAGACCGUGGAUCCGGCCAAAGACCGAGAGCUGUGGGUGAAGGAGAACAAAACCAGCGAGGUGCGGCCCGUGGACAUGGACAUUUAA